AUGGCUCGAGAGCAGUACCUGACAGCUGCAGAAGGCAUUCACAUAGAAAGGCCAGAGAACCAGCACGUCUACAAAAUCGGCAUCUAUGGCUGGAGGAAACGUUGCCUCUACCUGUUCGUUCUUCUUUUACUCAUCAUCCUCGUUGUCAAUCUUGCUCUUACGAUUUGGAUCCUUAAGGUGAUGUGGUUUUCUCCAACAGGAAUGGGUCACUUGCGUGUUACAGAAGAUGGACUCCGCCUGGAAGGGGAAUCAGAAUUUUUAUUCCCAUUAUAUGCCAAAGAAAUACGCUCCAGAGUGGAUUCAUCUCUGCUGCUACAGUCAACGCAGAACGUAACAGUAAAUGCUCGCAACUCGGAAGGGGAGGUCACGGGCAGGCUGACGGUGGGUCCCAAGAUGGUAGAAGUUCAGAGUCAGCAGUUUGAGAUCAACUCCAAAGAGGACAAGCCCCUGUUUACUGUUGAUGAGAAAGAAGCUGUGGUUGGCACGGGGAGGCUGCGAGUAACCGGACCUGGAGGGGCCCUUUUUGAGCAUUCGGUGGAGACACCUCUGAUCAGAACAGACCCCUCGCAAGAUCUUAGGCUGGAAUCCCCGACGCGGAGUCUAAGCAUGGACGCCCCCCGAGGAGUUCACAUUGAAGCCCGAGCUGGGAGAGUCGAGGCCCUUUCCCAGAUGGACAUCGUCCUUCAAAGCAGUGACGGAACGCUUGUGCUGGAUGCUGAAACGGUGUGCAUGCCCCGGCUGGUGCAGGGCACUCGGGAUCCCCCUGGCAGUUCACAGGGACUCUAUGAAAUCUGCGUGUGUCCAGAUGGAAAGCUGUAUCUGGCUGUGGCAGGCACGGGCACCAUGUGCCAGGAGCACAGCCACAUCUGUCUCUGAGCCCCUGCCUUGGCGCAGCCAGCUGGGAGCUGUGGAUUGGAACCCUCAUGCCUGGGGAACCACAUGGUACCUCAAAGGACUGAGACCAAAGAUGACACUAAGGGGGAAGAUGUCCCUUUCGAGGAACUCAGCGUGAUCGGAGGGGACUGCAUGGUCUCACAGUAUGUGGGUGGGAGUCACAGGGGUUGGAGGAACCUCAAAGCCAUGUGCUUGGUCCCUCAGAAUGGCCAAUUCCCACCAAAACACGACACUUCUCUUCACCUCCCUCUUCACAUCCUGUACAUGCCAACGCACAGUGAAAUGUGGAAUUGUGUGAAAUCAGUUAUGAUGUUCAAGCUUGGAUUUCUAACUUCCCAUAAAUGUAGUGCCAGUCGGUAUUAAAUGACCC